CUGGUGUAAAAAUGGCGCUGAGCAUGUCGGCUGUGCUGAGAGGUUUUCUAACAAAUAAGCAAAUUGUCGGACGUAGCAUGGGAGCGACCAGCUGCUGCGCUCGCCUAACCCAAAAUUCUGCUCGAGGAUUUGCGACACAAAAGCAUAGCAGCACAGGCACCGUACCACCAGCGCCGAAGCGGCCUCCUUCUGGCUUCAUUCUCUUCGCGGCAGACGCCAGAAAAGCUGUACUCAAGGAAAACCCAGCCCUCACACCUACUGAAGUUAUUAAACUGGUCGCAGGAAAAUGGAAAGCAGCUGAUGAUGUGACAAAAAGUAAAUAUGCUGCUAUAUCUCGGGAACGCUUUGAGCAGUAUGAGAAAGAGAAAGCAGCCUACACUUCUCAACUGACUGAGCAGCAGAAGGAAGCCCUUGAAGAAGUCAGACUGGACAAGAAGCUAAGGCUCACCAAAAGGAGGUUGAAUGAUAAACUGAAAGAAUUGGACAGACCCAAAGGAGUCCGGUCAGCUUAUGUACUGUUCUCUACAGAAAUGAGGAAGAAGAUGCAGGAGAAACCUGCAAAGAGUGCAGUUGGCAGCAGUAUUUCUUCAUGGUUCCUAGGGAAGCUGCCUAGUAAAAGUGAGGUUCCAUCCCCACAGGAUAUCAUGACUCAACUUGGUGCCAUGUGGAAGCAGCUGUCUGAAGAGAAAAAACAGCCAUAUCUGCACAAAGCUGACGAGGACAAACUUCGAUAUGAACGGGAGAUGAAGGCCUGGUCACAGCGGCUGGCGAAGGAAGGACAAAGUGAUGUGCUAAAUGACCUGAGAGAGGACAUUCGCGAAAUUCGAAAGAGCAAGCAGGGCUCUGUCCGCAAGAAUGUCACAUAGGAGUGUAGUGAAAAAAAAUGUGGCAAAACAUUUCUAGCUUAUUAUUUCUCCUCUGCUUGUGUUUACGGAUGCAUAUUCAUUCUUGAGCAACUAUUGCAUGAUUUAGUGCACUGCUGCCACUUUGCCAAUUUCAUUACCACUGCUUUGUGCUAACUGGUCGUGUUAUAAGGGCCUUCCUGGUUAGCACCUAGCAACAGCUUUGAUGCCAAUGGCAAGACAGCAGCAGUGUGCUGAAUAAGCUGAUAUGAUUUUUUUUUAAAGUAUCUGUGAGCAUGCAUGCAAGCUUUCAUGCUGUUUUAUGGUGGCUUCUCAGCUUGCAUACAUGAGCCAGAGAUUUCAUUUUUCAUGCUAACUUCCGAGACCAUUGCCAUUGGAUUUUUUUUUUUUUUUUUUCAGCAGAGCACAGCAUUUUAUAAAUGUGAGUGGGCUGCUGUGUACAUAUGCUUUUGUUCUGCAGUGUAGGUGCAUAUUGCUGUUAAAGAAAAAGUGUAAAUGGGGGAAGUCAAAAUAUUGCAAAGCUUUUCAUACUACCAAGCUGGAUAAAUUUAGUUCUGAUUGAAUAAGUGAAGGUCUGAUAGUGGUAUCUAUCAUGUGAUUCACUUUUAGUCUUGUGCAUAACUUUUAGUGCUAGGUAGGUACUAUAUUGUGUUCAUGCAGUUUAAGGAUAUCCUUUUGUGCAUCUCCUGUAUUGUGCUGGAAACACAUAAGGACUGUUAAAUUUCAUGAUAGCUGUUUCUGACUGCAUUUUGUGUGUUAUCAUAUUUGAAAUUGCUUAAAAAUUUAAUGAUCCUGAGCAACUGUACAAAAAAUAAAGAACUAAUUGCAUAUAACUUUGGCAGCCUCCAUUGUUCUUGAA